CCGGGGCAACAUGGCGACGCCCAAGAGAUAAUUUAAGAAACGUGUUCCGUUCCAGAUUCCCGGUUUGCUGUAACCGCUGUCGCUACCGAAAAGUCAAGAAAGAGCCCCCAGUAGAUGUCCAUUCGAGCUGCUCUGUGGCUGCAGUUUAGCAGACGCAGCAUCCAGAGACAAUUCCAAAGCUUCUGCCGAGUCCAGUUAAUGGAGGGGACAAAGGUUCCUCACUGUAAAGGUCCCGCCAUAGCUGACAUAGAGAAUGGUGCCCAUCCAGAGCAGCCCCAGCCUGGGGCAGAACUGGGGGAAACAGUCAUCUCUGAGGGAGCUGCCAGGAUUGUUUUUCCCAACAGCAAUGAAGUGUUUUACAACCCAGUUCAGGAAUUCAACAGUGCCGUCAUUACAGAGUUCGCUCGGAUACAGCUCUUGUCCAAAGGAAUUCAGAUUGAGGUGCCAGGUGAGGAGAAGCUUCAGAAGGUGGUUGUGAAUCUGACUGAAUCGGAGGAGGGAAGCAUGGAGCCCUGUCCCAGGGACCAGCCUCAGACAGCAGCUGUGGGGAACGUCUGUGAGGAGGGGUUGCGUGUGCUGGAGGGCUUGGCAGCAUCAGGCCUUCACUCCAUCCGGUUUGCUAAGGAGGUCCCUGGCGUCCAAGCUGUGAUAGCCAAUGAUGCCUCUUCCCGGGCUGUGGACCUCAUACGCUGCAAUAUCCAACUAAACAACGUUAGUCACCUGGUUCAGCCUAAUCUAGCCGAUGCUCGCCUGUUGAUGUAUGAGCACCAAAGGAGAUCUCAGAGAUUUGAUGUCAUUGACCUGGACCCUUAUGGAAGCCCAGCCACAUUCCUUGAUGCUGCAGUGCAGGCUGUGUCUGAAGGAGGCCUGCUGUGUGUGACCUGCACUGACAUGGCUGUGAUGGCGGGGAACAGCAGCGAGACGUGUUACAGCAAAUACGGAGCCAUGUCCAUCAAGAGCAAAGCCUGCCAUGAAAUGGCCCUAAGAAUUGUGCUGCAUAGCCUAGACCUUCGGGCCAACUGCUACCAACGCUAUAUCGUCCCCCUGCUCAGCAUCAGUGCUGACUUCUACAUUCGAGUCUUUGUUCGUGUGUACACAGGCCAGGCCAAAGUCAAAGCCUCAGCCAGUAAGCAAGGAUUCGUGUUCCAGUGUGUUGGCUGCGGUUCCUUCUACCUGCAAAGACUGGGCAAGGCAGUUAACAGUGGUGGACGUGUUAAAUUCUCAGCGGCCACAGGUCCCCCGGUGGGGUCUGAGUGUGAGCACUGUGGGCAGCGACAUCAGCUGGGCGGCCCUCUGUGGGCAGAGCCGAUCCAUGACCCAGACUUCGUGGGUCAGGUUCUGGCUGCUAUCAGCAGGAACACAGGGCGUUUCCGCACAUCAGCAAGGAUCCGUGGUGUCCUUAGCAUGGUCACUGAGGAGCUGCCAGAUGUGCCCCUGUAUUACACUCUGGACCAGCUGAGCAGUACCAUUCAUUGCAACACACCCAGUCUCUUACAGCUUCGGUCUGCGCUCCUCCACGCUGGCUUCCGAGUGAGCCUCUCUCAUGCCUGUAAGAAUGCUGUGAAGACAGAUGCCCCUCCCUCGGUGCUCUGGGACAUCAUGCGCUGCUGGGAGAAAGAGAACCCUGUGAAACGAGAGCGUCUCUCAGAAACCAGCCCAGCCUUCCGCAUUCUCCAAACUGAACCCAGGCUCCAGGCCAAUUUCUCCAUCCGGGAUGAUGCUAACCCCAGCUCCCGACAGCAGGGCCUCCAGCGAUUCCAAGCGAACCCUGAAGCCAACUGGGGGCCAAAGGCCAGAGCCCGGUCAGGGGGAAAGGCCCCUUUAGAGCUGGUGGAGAAACGGAGACAACUGCAGAACAAACGGAAGGAGCCCAGUAAGGACCAGGGAACAGAGAAGCUCAAGGCCUUCCCUUGCAAGAAGUUCAAACAGGGAACUUGCCUCUUGGGGAAUGAAUGCUGUUACUCUCACUGCCUUGAGGAGCCCCAACCCAGCCCAGUUUCCUCACCCUGAGGGCCUCUGCCUCAACCCUGCUCCCUUUGGAUUCAGAUAAUAAAGUUCAA